CAGUGAGACAGACUGACUCAAUAUCAUCCACUGGGUUUUAUGCCCCAUCUGCUUUGAAAUGAUUGAAGAAGCAUAUAUGACAAAAUGUGGGCACAGCUUCUGUUAUAAGUGUAUUCAUCAAAGCUUGGAGGACAACAAUAGAUGUCCAAAAUGUAAUUACGUUGUGGAUAACAUCGACCACCUUUACCCCAACUUCCUAGUAAAUGAACUCAUUCUUAAACAGAAACAAAGAUUUGAGGAAAAGAGAUUCAAACUGGACCAUUCAGUGAGUAGCACCAAUGGCCACAGGUGGCAGAUAUUUCAAGAUCUAUUGGGGACAGAUCAGGACAACCUUGAUUUGGCUAAUGUUAACUUAAUGUUGGAGCUACUGGUCCAGAAGAAAAAACAGCUGGAGGCCGAGUCCCAUGCUGCUCAGCUACAGAUUUUGAUGGAAUUCCUGAAGGUUGCCAGGAGAAAUAAAAGAGAGCAAUUGGAACAGAUUCAGAAGGAGCUGAGUGUUCUGGAAGAAGAUAUUAAGCGAGUGGAGGAAAGGAGUGGCUUGUACUCACCAGUCAGCGAGGACAGCACCGUGCCUCAGUUUGAAGCUCCCUCACCUUCACACAGUAGCAUUAUCGAUUCCACAGAAUACAACCAGACUCCUGGAUUUAGUGGCAGUUCCCAGACUAAAAAGCAGCCAUGGUAUAACAGCACAUUAGCAUCAAGGAGAAAGAGGCUUACGGCUCACUUCGAGGAUCUGGAACAGUGCUACUUUUCCACUAGGAUGACUCGAGUAUCAGAUGACAGCAGAACCUCAAGUCAACUGGAUGAAUUUCAGGAAUGUCUGUCCAAGUUCACGCGCUACAAUUCUGUCCGACCCUUGGCAACACUGUCGUAUGCUAGUGACCUUUAUAAUGGAUCCAGCAUAGUGUCCAGCAUUGAGUUUGACCGAGACUGUGACUAUUUUGCCAUUGCUGGGGUGACAAAGAAGAUUAAAGUCUACGAAUAUGGCACAGUCAUCCAGGAUGCAGUUGAUAUUCAUUACCCUGAGAAUGAAAUGACCUGUAAUUCCAAAAUCAGCUGUAUCAGCUGGAGUAGUUACCACAAAAACCUGUUGGCCAGCAGUGACUAUGAAGGUACCGUCAUCUUGUGGGAUGGGUUCACAGGGCAGCGGUCAAAAGUCUACCAGGAGCAUGAGAAAAGGUGCUGGAGUGUGGAUUUUAAUCUGAUGGAUCCUAAACUGUUGGCUUCAGGCUCUGAUGAUGCAAAAGUGAAGCUGUGGUCAACCAACCUGGACAAUUCCGUAGCCAGUAUUGAGGCCAAGGCGAAUGUGUGUUGCGUCAAAUUCAGCCCGUCAUCUAGGUACCAUCUAGCCUUUGGUUGUGCAGAUCACUGUGUUCACUAUUAUGAUCUUCGGAACACUAAGCAGCCAAUCAUGGUCUUCAAAGGGCACCGCAAGGCUGUUUCGUACGCAAAGUUUGUUAGUGGGGAGGAAAUAGUCUCUGCGUCAACAGACAGUCAGCUAAAGCUGUGGAACGUAGGAAAGCCACACUGCCUGCGGUCCUUUAAAGGUCAUAUCAAUGAGAAGAAUUUUGUAGGUUUGGCAUCAAAUGGAGAUUAUAUUGCCUGUGGAAGUGAAAAUAACUCCCUCUACCUGUACUACAAGGGUCUCUCAAAGACACUGCUAACCUUCAAAUUUGACACUGUCAAAAGCGUUCUGGACAAGGACCGGAAGGAGGACGACACAAAUGAGUUUGUCAGUGCUGUAUGCUGGAGGGCGCUGCCAGAUGGGGAAUCCAAUGUGCUGAUUGCUGCUAACAGUCAGGGUACAAUUAAGGUACUGGAGCUGGUAUGAAAGGCGUUCUCUCUCUCUCAAGGCAUGAGAUCUUUGAUCGUGCUUUUGUCCGGGAUUCUCAGUGGGGCACAAAGCUGAAGCUAACUUGCUCUUCCUUCUCAGAGUGAUCAUAUUUCGGGGGGUUCUUUUUAUGUAUUGACACUCUUAGGACAUCUUGGGACUCUGGGAAGCACAGUGAAUUCAGUACCGUCAUCGUCAACUCCAUGGACUUUGCUGCUGAUGGUUCUGUUGCUUGUAUAAUUUUUUAUGAUGAGGAAGGGUUGGUUUUUUGUUUUGUUUUUGGGAGGGAGGAAAAUGAAUGCUUAAAUUAAAAAGAAAUCCUGAAGGAGUGGUCGAAGUUCAUUGGGCCUCAUGCGGAAAUGAAAUGGGCCCUCUGUUGAUGGAUAUCGGCAAUAGGUUUGCCUUUGUGUGUCAGAAACAGAUCGAAGGCCUCCGUUGUGGAGCCAUCUUCUGGAGUACUACUUUUUAAGUAAAGUAAAAAAAAAACAAAGUUGGUUUUGUUUUGAUUUAAAAAAAAUUUUUUUGUGUGUCCGAGUAAAUUGUCCUCUCCAAAGAUUCGAAGCUUUUUAUAAACCGACCCGAACAGCCUGUGAGACGGAUGUGAAGAGACCGUUACCUAAAGGCAUGCAGAAGGCUCUUAACUCCGGGUCCACAUUUUUCCCUUGACCGCCUCUCUUGCCUGCCAACUGAGCAAAGGGUACCAGCAUUGAUGUGGAUAUGUGCUGAUUGAGACUGUGUCUGACAUCACUUAAUUAUCUCCCCCCCACACACGCACACGAACACCCAGUGAGCUAUCAAGCUGCCAUGAAAGGAUGCUGUUGUGUCUCUGUUGAUCUGAGUUAUGUUGAGAUAAUUCAGCUGAAGGCAAAAGGUAACUAUGCUUAGUCCCACAUGGGCCAGUUUGCUCACCCACCCACCCACCCACCUCUGUUUUGUGACACUUG